AUGAAUGGCUUAACAAUCAUUAACGAUAUUGGUAAACAGAUAGAUCAAACCGAAGUACCAACAUUAGAUGGUGAGGUUAAAAGCUGGCUCAGGAAGCUAGAAGAACCAAUCACAUAUUUUGGUGAGGAUAAUUACGAUAGAAGACAAAGAUUGAUUAAGUUAUUGAAUGAGAGGCCUAAUACUAAUUUCCAAGAAGGAAUUGAAAUUGAAGGUGGGAUAGAAAAUGAGGGAGAAGAAGAUGAUGACGAUGAUGACGAAGAAUUCUAUACUCCCGGAUCAGAAGAUUUACUCCAAGCAAGAAAAAAUAUUCUAUAUAAAUCAUUAACUAAUGCAAGAACAAGAAUACGAUCACAACAACAAGAAUACGAACCCAAUUUCAUCAAGAUUUUGAAACAUAGAAGAGUAAUUAAUUCAAAAUUAUCAAAAUAUGAAUUGUAUGGUACACAAUUGAUCCCCAAUAAUAAACGAGCAAUUUCAACAGUCAAAUAUAAUAAAGAUAGUUCCUUAAUAGCAUGUGGAUCUUGGGAUGGGAAUUUAUAUAUUCUUGAUAAUAACCUUAAUAAGACUUUUCAACUGACACCCGGCUAUCAUACAGAGAAAGUCAGUGGGGUCGAUUGGCUAGAUAAUAACCUUAUUACUGGAGGUAAUGAAGGUACUAUUAAUUUCUGGGAAAUAGGUAACACCAAACCGAUUAAGAGCAUUAAAGAAGCUCAUAGUGAAAGAAUCACUAAUACAUUAUUCCAUCCUGGUAAUGAAUAUUUUAUUUCCACAUCAUUUGAUCAAACAUGGAAAUUAUGGGAUUAUAAAACAUCUAAAGAAUUAAUGCAACAAGAAGGACAUCUGAAAGAAGUAUUAUCAGCAUCAUUUCAUCCUGAUGGGAGUAUCUUAGCCACUGGUGGUAUGGAUGCUAUUGGGAAAUUAUGGGAUCUUAGAUCAGGGAAAUUAAUUGAGAAUCUAACCAGUCAUAUUUUACCUAUAUAUUCCAUUGAUUGGUCAGGUAAUGGAUAUCAAUUCGUAACCGGUAGUGGUGACUGUUCCAUCAAAGUGUGGGAUUUACGGAAACUUGAUAAUAGAUUCAAAAAUAAGCCCCAAGGAGAAAUUUUCUCUAUACCAGCACAUAAGAAAUUAAUAAGUAAUGUCAAAUUUUAUCAAAAUUCCGACAUUUCACGUCAAAGUUUAAUCGAAGAAGUUACUGAUGAAGACGAUUUAAAUCCAUCAUUAUUAUCAUCAAAUGGUAAUUUCCUCAUAAGUUCAUCAUUUGAUGGUGACAUAAAGAUUUGGAGCUCUGAUAAUUGGAUUCAAUUAGCUAACCUUUCAACUAAUGAUAAAGUUAUGAAUUGUGACAUUUCAGCAUCAGGUAAACAAAUUGUAAGUAGUUCAUGGGAUAAAUCCAUCAAAUUAUGGAGUUGUUAA